AUGCCUUUCCUAAUUACGGAAGAACAAAAGGUGGAUUACCGCCGGCAGGUCGAAGAGUUCCUGAACUCAGCGUCGACCACACCUCUGGCAUUCCGAACCGGCCAUGAUUUUCACCACAACAUCGACAUUGUUGACCCAAGCGACAACUAUGCUAGAGACGUCGAGAGACGCAUUGGUCUUGCUCGCAGAGUCCGACAAAAGAUUCGCACCUCCCUCGGCGGUCUGGAGUCUUACAAUUUAAACAUCAUGCAGCUCUCCUACUUUUUGGCCACCGAAGAUACACACGCUUUGCAAAGGAUGGUUGAGGACUCUGAUGCUCUAGGAUGGUACAAUCUCCUCAAGCAUGUCGAGCCGUUCCUCAGUACUUGUUGCGGAAAACAUCAAUACCUGGACCGUACCCCCGUGCAGGGAGACGGUUCGCCAUCUGGGACUGCCCCCUGCACAUCCCAGGACGAGAGAAGACGACAGGCCGGCGAGGCCGCAAUCGUGGCUCACAUCAUCCCACAUACGAUCAACAAGAACGAGACCCACUUUAAGAAUGCACGAACCGCCCUGUUCCAAUUCCUUUAUACAGCGGCGCCCGCACUGUACGCAGAGGUUCGCGACCUGCUAAUUCAGCAUGAUCCAGUCACGGGCAAUCCCGUUCUGUCGUGCUCGGACAAGCCAUUCAACAUGGUAUCUCUCAACCACCAAUUGCACUGGUAUUGGGAUCGCGCAUAUUUUGGCUUGAAGCCGGUUUCCGAAACGUUCCCACGUUUCGAGGGAGAAAUCGAACUCAUUAAAGUCGAAUGGCGAUGGCUUCCAAAGCAUUUGUCACAAGCCCUAGUUGACAGCGACCACAUCCUGCCAAAGAGCAAGGCCCCGAGCCAGAGGCCGUUUCGUUCAGUUAACCUUGACUCCAAGGGUCUUUCUGAUUUCAUCGGAAAGGCCCUUGGCGAGAUCAGCGGCAACGUGGAGGAAAUCUCUCCUCCGAGUAUCCCUCAUGGAAAUGGCAGUGGGAUUCCUCUGGGGCAUCUUCCCUCGGGCCGCCGGAUCGAGUCUGGCUUUCGUUUUGACCUCCGGGCUGCAAAGGAUGACGCGCCAAAGAUGAGGGCUCUCCUCAAACUACAGUGGCUCGCUGUGCGCAUGGCUUGCAUCUCCGGCGCUGCUGACUUUGCAGCCGACCUCCGAGACACGCCCCCGGACGACGACAAGCAGAUCCAGUCCUUGCUGGAGGCCCAGAGCCAGAAAGAGUGUUCCAGCCUUCUGCAGUCUAUUCGUGACCCGGAAUACUACCACCAAGACGUCGAGGACAGCGACCCCGAGCCGCCUAGAGAUGACGAAAAGAAGGGGCCUUAG